AUGACCGAAGAUUCCCGCCGGAAGAGGCUUGACUUGUGGCUCCUCCAGAUAGUAAAGGCGACCCGACAGUUAUGGCGAGGCCGCAUGUUGCAAAGACUCGACAAGAGCCAUACGUCUUCGUUCCAUUGCGCCCUUUCAGCGAGUCCGCCGUAUCGUAUCGUGUAUCGCCUGAUAUCUCUGCUGUUCACCGCUCAGAGUGCUGCGGCUCAAAACUUGCUUCCUUACGACGAUAUUGAUGUAACCUCAUCGUGA